AUGCUGGCGGCCUCACAGGUGACGUUGGAGCUGCUGCGACUGGUGUGCUUCAUGAUGGAGAAGGGCCUGAACUCAAAGGAGGAAGAGAAGGAGGGCGAUGGAGAAGGCGAUGGCAAGACCGAGUGGGCGGCAGGCACCGGCAUGGGCGAGGGCGAAGGUCUGCGAGAUGUCACCGAGGAGAUCGAGGACGAUGCCCAACUCGAAGGAACCAAGAACGAGAAGCAAGAGGAGCAGCCUGAACCCGAGCAACAGAAGCCCGAGGAGGACACCGCCCGGGAGGUCGGCUUCGACCUAGACACGGAGGCCAAGGCGCUGCCGCAAGAUGAGGAAGAGAAGCAGCAAGAGCAAGAGAAGGACAACGAAGAGGAGCAAGACUUGGACAGGCAACAAGGAGAAGUGGACCUCUCGAAAGGUGGCGCGUUGGAUGAAAAGCUCUGGAACGGCGAUGAGGACGACAAGAAGGAGGAUGAUGGUGACACUCCAGAAGAGAAGGAGAAGGAGAAGGGUCCUGACGAAGAGAUCGAGGCGCAUGGUGCCCAGGGGGAAGGAGAAGCAGAAACAACGGCCAAAGACGACGACAGCAAGUCUAAGAAGGAGCCCAAGAAUGAGACACAGGAGAAAAAUGGAGACUCGAAGGAAGCUCCGGAGCAGGAGCCGCAAGAGCCAGAGAAGACGGAAUUCGAAGAUAAAGACGCUCAGUUCGACGUGAACAUGCAGUCGGGUGAAGGAGCUGGGCAAGAAGGAGAAGGCGAGGGCGAAGGCGAAGGCGAAGGCGGCGAGGGCGAGGGCGACGGCGAGGAUGAUGACUUUAUCAAGUCGGACAUUGAAAUGGAGGGCGAGGGCGGCGACGACGACGAGCAAGGAUCUGAGGGCAGCAAAUGUGAUGAGGAGAUGGGCGACCUGGAUGCGGCGGAGCCAGGCGUUCCGCAAGAGAAGGUGCCAGAGGAGCAACCGCAAGCGCCCGAGGGUGUUCAGCCAUGUGUGCAGGGAGAGGAGGCCAAGGGCGAAGACAGGGGCGAGGACCCAGCAGAAGCUAAGCCUGACGUGGACCCCUCCAAGGCGCAGUCCAUGGAGGACAAGCCGGAGCAGCCCAAGCAAGGCGACCCUGGCGCCGAUGCCUCUGGCAAGGACACCACAGCCCCGCAGCGGCAGCAGCAGGACGACCAAGUCUUUGGCGGCAGCACGGGGGAGGCGGCAAACUUUGAGUCUCAAGCCCAACAAGAUGCUGAUGCUUCAGCCGGGGACGAGCGCGGAGGCUCCACCGCCACAGCCACGGAGUCCCGCGGCGGCGCCGCGGAGAUGCCUUCGGCGCGAACGCCCAGCGGAAGGACCAAACGAAAAAGCGAGGCGUUGGGACCUUAA